UUUUAAUUAUCCGUAUUCCUUCUCCCUUCCUCUUUUUACGUUCGGCCAUCCAUUUGGGAGAAGAAAGAUACGAAGCUGUAGAACGGUGUCUGUUUGGGUGGUGAACGGCGGCGUUGUGACGACGGCGUGCGGUGGCCUGCGGCAGUGUGUGAGGCGGAAACCGGCGGCAGUAUCAAAAUCCUUGCUCAAUUAGAAGCUGCAUUUGCACUUCUUACUUCAAACUGACAGAAACAGCAGAGUACACUCUUCUAAGAAGACUCCCUCUACGGCGGUGACGCCAUGGCGGAGCUGGACCCUUCCGCCGCCACCACAUCGAGUAUCUUCUCUCAGAAGAACCUACGUCCUCCUGAUGAUACUGUUUUCUUCUCCAUUUUCCCCGACUUCGCUCUACACUCUUCUACCUCCUCCGCUGCAACUACCUCUGAACUCCAAGCUCUCCACCUCCAAAUCCUCCAAACCCUUGCACCCUACACCUCCAACUACAUAUGGCAGCACGAGCCCUUCAAUCUGUCUCUCUCGCCUACCGCCCCGCCCCACCUCAGUGGCAAGCUCCGCUUCGGCGAUAACCUUGAAGAUGAAUGGUUUGUGGUGUUCCUCUUGUAUGAAAUCUCCAGGAAUUUCCCAAACCUCUCGAUUCGCGUAUGGGACAGCGACGGCGAGUUCCUACUCAUCGAAGCCGCCUUCCACCUCCCUUGGUGGCUCAACCCUGACACCGCCAUGAAUCGUGUUUUUAUACGCCGCGGUCGCCUUCACAUUAUCCCCAACUCCAUCUUCCACGACACUCCAUCCCUUCAAGGCGCGCUAAGGUUGUUAAUAGACGAUGCUGAGGAGAAGACGAAAGCGCCGGAGCCUGUUCAGCUUCAAUUGGAGAACAGGUUGAAAGAAUACCCUCUGAGGGCGGAGAAGAACGUGCAGAGAGUGAGGGUUAGAGUCCCGGUGCCUGUCGCACAAGUGUUGAAGCAUGAACCGUGCUUAAUUUCACUUGCUGUGGAGGGGUUUUAUGAUAGGGACAUUGAUACAAUGAAGUUUGCGGCCAAGAUGGAGAGGUUUUUGAGGAAUGGAAGUGGGGAAGAGCUGGUACCAGUGGCCGUGAGGAUGUCCAGGGCGAUGUAUGCCCAAUUGGUGCAGCAGGCCUUCCAGGCGCCAAAAUGCUACCCACCAUUGCCGCCUAGGAGCGAUGUGGCAGCCUACUUGGAGGCUGAGUUGGGGUUGAAAAUUGCAUGUGGACUUGAGAUGAUAUACCAGCUAAGGAAGAUGCAGGGAAUGGAGGGGAAAGGAAGUACAUGGGAGGCUUUCAAGAAGAGUCUAGAAAAAAGUGGCUACUUUGAAGAGUUGUUGCCAGGAUCCAAUGAGUACAAGAGAUUGAUGCAAAACGCAGAGGAGUACUACAGAAACAGCUCAUUACAAGCGAGAACAAGUGAAAUGUUGAAUGCUCCAGUAAGACGCAUAGAUGAGAUUCUUGCACUUCCCCAUUCUGUGGAUGAUUUUAAGAAUCUAGAGCUACCACCAUCAGAUGAUGAUUCAUGGCUAUAUGGUGGGGAAGAUGAGCUAAAUGCUGCUCUUCAGGAGAGGCAGAAGGAGAUGGAAGAUUACAAUUCAAAGCACAAAAAGAAACAAAAUUCAAAAGAAGAACAGGCUGAUUCUGAGAACUUGAAUGACUAUGAUCUGAAAAAUAUUUCAAAGUCUAUGCAAGCAUUUGUUAAGAAAAUGUCAAGCUACCAAGGAGCAGAAGUUCCAGAAAGCAGCCUAAAAGAUGUGGACUUUGACGUGGAUCGCUUUAUGGAAGACAUUGAUUCCUUAGCAAGACAAAAGGACUCUGAAGACAGUGGUAGUGAAUUUGAUAUUGAAGGGCCAAAUUCUGACAUGGAAUUUGAUGAAUCUGAUGAUGAGAGUGAUGCUGAAGAUAAUGAAGUGGGAGGGGAUCCUUUUAUGCAGUCGUAUGCACACGUUCUAAAUGAGGAACUGAAAGGCACUUCACUAAGUAAAAGUUUUGCUCGUCCAGAUGAACAACCUCUCAAGAAAGAUGAGGGAACAUCUGCGGGUGCAGAAGGGACGGAGGAAGAGUUGGCGCCAGUGGACGUGGAUUUCAACCUUGUGAAAAACCUUCUCGAUUCAUUUUCAUCUCAACAAGGAAAUGCCGGUCCGGCUUCCAACUUACUUGGGCUUUUAGGUAUACACCUCCCUCAAGAUGCUAAUAGUAAAGGAAAAUAAGUUGUCUGCAUUGGAGUUUUAAGUUAAAGGAGAUUUCAGUACUAUUUUUGUAUUGGGCAGUCAGCAGUUCAUACUUGCACUACAUCUUGUACAAACAUAUAGAGAAGAGAUGAUUGAUUUCAUGCCAAAACUUGUUGACCUUGCUUCAUAUAUAUGAUGGUAUUUGAAUAUCAAUGAGGAAUUCUAGAAUAUAAGUAUUUAAUAAGUAUUUGAAAGAUGUGUUCUGUGUUAA